GCAGAUGAAAUGACUCUGAGAGCCGAUGUGAAAGACAAAGGGAAAGUAAACACUGCUGAGGAGAGCUCUAGCUGGGUGAGAGGAGAAAGGAUCCAAAGUGAGGCUCAAGUCAGCAACCGCAGACUCAGUGCAACUGCAGAAACUGAGCCAGGGGACACCAGUAGAGACACAGAUGCUGAGUGUGACUUCUCCUCCUCCCCUUUGCUGUCUUUGAAAAUGUAUCUGAGGAGAUCUUCCUCCGCAGCAUCUUCCACCGCAGACUCUCUCUCUUCUUCUCAGCAGAGCAACAUGGGAGUUGAUUGUGCAGGAAUGGUCCUGAACUGUCUCUUCUGCCGCUUCUACGAUAUGAUCCUCAUGCUACCUGACUCCUGGGAGAGAGUCGCCAAUCACUGCUGCCCAAAUUACAAACAAGUCACCCCAACAGCGGAGUCUAUACCCAGCUAUGACGAUGACUCUUGCAUUGACUUUGACUGUGGUCUGAUAAGCUCCUGUCACGAUGCAAAUGACUGCCUGGAGCUGGCUAUGGAGGUUUCUGAAUUAUGCUACCACUAGUACCUAACCCAAACUAAUCACCAAUCACCAUAAUCAACUGGUUGGAUAAUC